CUCUUUGUUAAAGGGCUUACAUUUAUAUUGGGCCUUGUAGCCCAACUGUACUAGGUUUUUUGUGGCAGACUCAACUUAGACCAUGUACAUAGCUCAUAUUUUUAGAGUAUCAGUAGCCCAUUUACAAUUUUUUAAUGGACCAACCACAAAAAACUGGGCUGAGCCGUAUCAGUCUAUUGAGACUUCUGAUACUCAGUCUCAUAUUACGUGGCAGGCUCUGAUUGGUCGUCCAUUUAUUUUUGUCGAAAAAAAAUUCCUUCUGUUUCUCUCAAAAAAAUUCUCUCUCGUGGGGAAUUUUCCGAUUCCUUCUAAUUUUGCCGAUCAAUUUUCUUCUGUUUCGAUUCCUUCUGAAUCUCUUCCCUUUUCUCGAAAAUCCUUCUCAGAUCAUCAUCCAUGGCUUCCUCUGAUUUCGAUGGAAUCCUCUUGGGAAUGAGAAACCCACUCCUCGUCGUCUCUGCCGUCGUCGACCAAGAGUUUCUCGACAAGUAAGCUCAGAUCCGGAUAGUUGAAAUUCUUCUGCCUGUUCUUCGAUUAUUGAAAGAUUGAGUGUAUCGUUGCUAUUUUGUGUUAUCAGACUGUGACAGGUGAGAAAAAGCACCGAGAAACCAUCUUAAGGGGAGAGCAUUCUCUGAAGCAGUCACAGGAGGUUACUCUUAACGUUGGUGAUGCAGUAUUCAUUCCUGAAGGUUGGUGAGUAUACAUAUCCUCUCUCUGCACAUUGUUUUGAUGAUUCUUGAAUUUGUUUCUUGUAGAAGUUGUUCAAUUUCAAUUGUCAUUCUUUAUGUACAAAUAUGA